CGCGCAUUCUCGGCGCUGAACCCCUUCGCCCAUCUGCCACACCUUUUUGGGGGCUCCGCACACGCGCGCGCGCGACUCGCUCAACCCGUCACCCGCCGAAAUGUACUGGAGCAGCAAGACCUAACCUGACCUGCCUGCAUCAAUCACGCAAUUCUGCCGAUAGCGCCUGGUCACAUGUCGCCCAAUCUGCACCACCACCGCUUGAAUGCCUAGUACAAAAUCACCUCCCGUAUCUCGUCAGUCGUUCGAGCUGCAGUCUACCAGCUUGCUACCCCCCGAUCGCUCCCACGACGCCGACUCAUCCACCAACGGAGACUCGUCCAGCUUCGUUGACUUGGGCCAAGAGGACUCUCGCCAGCCGAGUCCAUUCCUCGACCUCUCAUCACCACAUCACAAGACUCGUCAAGACGGCGACGAACACGAGGACAGUUUUCUCGCGUGGGACGCGCAAGAGAGGCCGUCGGAGGAAGGCCACGGCCACGCCAUGCCGUCCGACCUGCGAUCCGAUCAUACCAGAUCGAAGAGCCAUCAGCAUCAGCCCUUGCUGAACGGAGACAAGCGGACGAGUUAUGACAGCCCUGUUCGACCUGGUCUUGGGUCAAGACAGUCAACACAUUUCAGAGAAAGAGAUCCAGAAAUCAUAGAAACGAAAGACGAUGUUCGGACACGAUAUACAUAUGCGGCAGCAUUUCUUCUCCUCAGCUUGGUAAGCUUCGCUGUCCAGACGGAGACGGCAGUUUACAUUCAGCAUGACUUGCAUUGGAACAAGGCGUACUGCAUGCUCUACUUCACCCACGGCUCCUGGUCGGUCCUAUGGUUCGUACAGCUGGCCAUUCUCAGAAUCUCCAAAUGGAACCAGCCCUGGGAUUCCUUCUGGCGACGACACGUUGCCCUUCUCCGGUCGACGGCGCAGAUGGUGGAGCACAGAACGUUGCACGUCCCGACCCACUUGGCCAAGAAAUCCCCUUGGCCUUACUUCAUCAGAACUACGGCAUUUGUCACCUGUGCCUUGACGGUCGCGGGAGGCAGCUGGUAUGUUGCUGUGGAUCUGACUACGGCCUCUGACUUGACGGCCAUUUAUAAUUGCUCGGCAUUUUUCGCGUAUGCAUUUGCCAUUCCCAUUCUGGGCGAGAAGCUUCGGUGGAGCAAGGUGGCUUCCGUUGUUGUAGCAAUCGUUGGCGUGCUCGUGGUAGCAUACGGAGACCAGGCCCAUCCAAAAGGAGGCAGCAAGUCAGGAGGUGGUGCUGGAGGACCUUCCGCCCCUGACAGCUCAGCCGCAUCAAAUCGAGCUCUAGGAAACCUUGUCAUCGGUGUUGGCAGCGUAUUGUAUGGCUUCUACGAAGUCCUCUACAAACGUGUGGCCUGCCCACCAGAUGGCUGCCCUCCAAACCGCGGCAUGCUUUUUGCCAACACCUUCGGCUCCAUGAUCGGCCUCUUCACCCUCACGGUCCUCUGGAUCCCCAUCCCCCUUCUCCACUACACCGGUCUCGAAACAUUCGAACUCCCCUCCGGUGAAGCCUCCUGGAUGCUGGCCAUCUCCGUUCUCUCCAACGCUACCUUUAGCGGUUCUUUCUUGGUUCUCAUUUCUCUUACAUCCCCAGUGCUCAGCUCAGUAGCAGCACUCCUCACGAUUUUCCUUGUCGCACUCUGCGAUCAAUUACUCCCGCCACCGAUGUAUAGCCCUUUGACUGGUGCUGCGAUUUCUGGAGGCUUGUUGAUUAUUUUUGCAUUUUUGCUGCUGAGCUGGUUUACGUAUCGGGAAAUGGAAGAGGAGCGGGCGCACAAGAAGGCGGAGGAACUGGUUGAGGAGUCUGACGUGGAGGAUUUGUGAAUAGAUGGAUGAUUGAUUUGCAUGUGGGGUGGUUCGAGUGUUUGGCUGGAGGGAAAGUCUGUGCCGCAGAUAGAGGCAUUGCAUUUGCAUCGCAGGGCGUUGGAGGCAUGGCGCUCACGAAGAGAAGCUUGUGCUUUGUGUCUUCUACUUUUCGUUUUUAAUUUCUUCUUGCAUAUAGAAGUUGAUAUGGAAAUGAUAUCUGACUCGCUGUGUUGCAAAUCUCGUAAGCGUUUCGAGAAUGUGUGAGCUCGGCCCAACCUGCUUGUGAAUCUUCAUCGCCGGCUUCAAGCCAGAUCUCACUCUGCAUCUCCCUCCUAUUGCCUUCGUUGCC